UGGGGAGCCAAGCCAUCUAAACCUUCUGUCUUUAUUGUUAUCUGAGAGAGAAAAAAGAGGAGAGAAUGGCAGAGAGUGCAGUUACCUUUCUGAUCAACCAGCUGACACCGCUCCUUCUAGAAGAGGCCAAACUUCUGGGAGGAAUUCGGGAAGAAGUUGAGUUCAUCAGAAAUGAGUUGGAGCGGAUAAGAGCUUUUCUGAGAGUUGCUGAUGCAAAUGAAGAGCUUGACCCAGAGCUUCAAGUAUGGGUUAAGCAAGUGAGAGAAGUUGCUCAUGACACCGAAGAUGUCCUAGAUGAAUUCAUCCUUCGCCUUGCUCAUCAUCACGGGGAUGGAUUCUAUGGUUUUCUUCGUAAGAUUUCUUGUUCUAUUAAGAACUUGAAAGCUCGCCAUCAGACUGGUUCUGAGAUACGUAAAAUAAAGUCCAAAGUCGAAAUUAUACAUCAAAGAUACCAAGGAUACCAUGAUAGAUUUAGUAUCUCAGAACAUGGAUCAAGCUCCACCAUCGUCAACAGCAACACAUGGUAUGAUAGUCGAGGUGAUGCACUUCUACUGGAAGAAGCUGAGCUUGUGGGCAUGGAUGGGCGCAAGAAGGAGCUGAUUGGGUGGCUUGUGGAGGACACUCCCAAACUCAAAGUUGUUUCAGUGGUGGGGAUGGGGGGUUUGGGAAAAACCACCCUAGUAAAGAAAGUCUAUGAUGAUAUGAAGGUGAAGAAUCAUGCAUGGAAUGUUUGGAUCACUGUUUGUCAAUCAUUUGAUCUCAGAGAGCUUCUCAAAAACAUAAUUUGAAGACUCUUCGAUGGAGCCAAGCAACCGGCCCGGCCCCUCAAAGAUUGGAAACCAUGGACAGCAAUAACUUGAAAGCGGAAAUCAAAUAUUUCCUUCGACAGAGAAGGAGCAUUGAGCUAAGAAGGUGAGCAAAGGAGCAUCCAAGCAAAGGAGCUAAGCAAACAAAGAAAAAGGCUAAAAUCAUAAAUAAAAAAAAUAAAAAAUAAAAAAUUGCUAAACUAAAAGCUAAAAAAAUUUGGAGUUGAAGUGCUAAAUGACCUUUGUGAACUUUUCCUUACUUAACCCUUAGUUAAGUCGUCGGCCCGCGUGGAGGCUUGUAUUUCAAUUCUUAGAUAAAUCGUAAGCCCACGUGGAGGCAAUUUACUUUUCUUUGUAUAUUGUUGAUAAUAUGGGAGUAUGGAACAUUGUAUGUGGAGGAAGUUUGUUGAUUGUUGAUUUGUUGUGAAGGUGAAGUGU